UUUACCCUACUAAUAUGCCAACUAACAAUUCUAGUCCUUCUUCGUUGAUGACAAAUCAAGAUAGUCCAACUAGCGUUUCUACAGAAUUAAUGGAAGACGCAAAUGGAUCAUCUUCUGUAUCACCUCAAAAUGUUGAUCCAAUGAAUUCAAGGGAUAGUUUUUUCCCUUUCCUCCCUUCAACAUAUCCCUCAAGAUUACCAACAACCGUGACAGACAUUUCUUCGCUUUACCUGAGAACUUUGGCAUCGCAUCCUCCAUCGGUCAUUGGUAUGCUUGCAGCCAUUAAUAGUAAUAAUGCUCCUUUUUCCAUUAAUAAUAAUAAUAACAACAAUUCGCACGAAUCAAUUAAUGUUGCUAAUUUAGAUGAACAACCGUUACAACAACUAGUUUCACCAAAACCAGAAGAAAAGGAGCUCUUUGAUCUUUCUAAGCAUGACAUUAUUCCUCCAACUAUUACAACAGAAAAUUGUGAAAUUCCUCACAAUUUUAUUUGUCCAAUCACUAAAUUAAUUAUGUUUUCUCCUGUAAGAAAUAUGUAUGGUAAGGUAUAUGAAAGAGAGAGCAUUGAUCAAUGGUGGAAAACAUUAAGUUCAAAACAACAACAAUUAACAGAUCCUUUAACGAAUCAAGUAGUUUCUGACAAGGCACUUGUUGAAGAUGUUGAACUUAAAAAUCAAAUUCAAGAAUUUUUGAACCAAAAUGCACAUUUAAGAUUUUCCAUUAAUGAUUUAUAUUUCCCUAAACAAAUUAUUAGAGAAAUGAAGGUUGCUAUUGACAGUGAGAAUUAUGCAAAGAUUUCACAUUUACUUUCUCAAUUCCCUGCUAAUUUCUUUGUGCAAACUAAAUUCCCUGUUCCUCCACAAUCUGCUCAAGGAAAAACCAAGAAUGAAAAGGAAACAUCAGUCUCUGUUUUUGAUUGUCUUUAUAGACGUUUUAAGACUGUUUUUGACUCUGUUAAAGAUGCUUCUCCAUCUGAUGUUCAUUUUAUGAAUGAUCCAAUUAUUGGAUAUGUUGUUAGACAAUAUUUAAUUGUAAGAAACUAUUUUAUUGAAAGACAAAAGAAAAGUAUUUCUAAAAUAGAAGUUACUGAAUUCAAGUCUGCAGAAAGUUCUAUUUCAGAAGGUUUGAAAAAUAUUUUUGUUAACAGUGUAAGACUUUUCCCUAAUGUAUCCAUUUUGGAUUGGUUAGUUUCUAUUGGUGCCUCAAUUUCAUCCACAAAUCAAUUUAAACAAAAUGCAUUCCAUAUGGCUUGUAUGACAGAUCAAGUAGAAAUUGCCAAGCACUUGUGUCACUUAAAUAAUUUGGUAAUGACAAACAAUGCUUCAAGUGUUAAUAUUGUUGAAGAAAGGUUAUCAGAUGAGGUUAAGAGAAAAUGGAAUGCUUUCUAUUUAGCUAUUUGGCAUAACAGUCAAAAGAUUAUUGACUGGGUUGUAGAUGAUGCUCAUUUGUCACAAAGAUUCCUUUUAAGAAAACACAAAUGCAUGGUUAAGGAUAAAUCAAGUAUCUAUCAUCCAAUGAAUGCUCUUAGUUUGGCAGCCUAUAAGAAAAAUAUUCCAUUGAUGGAAGUACUUAUUAAGAAAUUCUCAUUUGAAGUCCCUGAUGAAAAGUACCAUCCAAUUUAUUGGUCAUGCAUUGCCAAUGAUUUGAAUGGCUUCAAGUGGAUUUGUAAUUAUAUUGAAACUAAUAUUCCUAAUGGAGCUGAGAUACCUUUGGAAACACAGCACUUCACUAUGCUUGCGAAAAAUCAAAGACAAAAACUCUUGCUAUUCUUAUCCAAGAAGGUAUUGCUCACGAGUAUGUGA